GCUCAUGCGCAAUUAUUGCGUACAUGUAGUCCCACUGACGACGCUCAAUCAAUGUAUUAUCAUCAACGUUGGUAUGCCAAAUAUGCUGCUCAAGUUGCUCAAUCUUUGCCUUGUCUUUGGCCCGUGCAGCCUCAGAUUCGGCUGUGCGAGUGCGGGUCUCCUCGUUGGCGGCAUUGGCGUGCGCGAGGUCCUGCUUGAGUUGCUGGAUUGUCGCCUAGUCGUUGGCACUGGUCUGCUCAAACCGCGCCUUGUCCAUGGCACGUAUAACUUCAGAUACGAGUGCGCGAGUGCAGGUCUCUUUGUUCUCAGGAUUGGCGUGCGUGAGGUCCUGAUUGAGUUGCUGGAUUUUCAUCUGGUCGUUUGCACGGAUCUGCUCAUGCUGCUGAAUUGCUGCGCCGUAAUCGGUGCGAAUCUCCUCAUACUUUCCAGUUAUGUUUGCGGGGCCCAUCUCCAGCUGCUGGAUAUUUUUCUUGUUUGCUUUCUUGGUGCCAGUGCUGCUGACAGGCUUGCAUUCCCUGGGAGUGUGAGUGGCGGCAACCACCGGCUUGGUCGCGGUAUUAUGGGUGAAAACCCAGCGAACGCCCUCGAUGGCCAGAAUAGUCGGUGUCAGGCUGAGGUAGAAGCGUAACUUGCCAAUAUCAGAGACCAGUUUUACAACCAUCUUCGAUAAUAAAACUAAAAAUAAAACGAAAUUUCUCGAAUUCGAAGGGUUUUUUUAGAUAAAUAAGGAUAUUCAAGGGGGUAAGUAGAGUAAACUUUGCAAAGUGCAGUGUAAUGCUAAAGAACAU